CGCUUCGUUCCCAAAACCCUAACUGCUCAACUGAGUUCCUCUAAUGGCCGCCGGCAGAGGUGAAGCCGCUGAAAAUGUGCGAAGGAACACUAUUCGCUCUGCUCAGAAGCUAUGGCCAGUGAAAUCUAAAAAUUUCCAGGUAAGACACCUAUUGCAAGAAACAGUUUUGUGCGUACAGCCAUAUAGCUCAAAGUUGUCCUGUUUCUAGUUCUCUAUGCACUGAUGCACUGCAAAUAUCAUCAAACUGAUCAUGACCCAUUUACAAAAACUUAGAAUUCAAUCUAUUUUGAGAUGGGUUUCUUUAGAUUUCAUCGAAAGCUGCCUUAGCCCAUCAAGAACUAGGGUUUGGGUAUCUGGGUCAUUCCAUAAUGUUCAAAGCCUUAGGUUUUAUUCAAGGAAAACAUAUGCUCUAUCCAAGGACAGUUCAGAUUCAGAAGAAACUUUGACUGGUAAUAGGAAAAUUGCUGCUCGAAUAUCUCGUUUUGCCAAGGCAGAAGCCCAAUCUGCUUUACUGGAAUACCUGCAUUGCACUAGGAGCAUGCAGUUUCUGGAUGCAGAGCAUAUGAGCCGUAAUGCGCCAAUUUUUCUCAACAAGUUGUUAAGAAGGGUCGAGAAUGAAACAGAAAUAAGGUGUGCUAUAGCCCGGUUCUUGAAUUUCCAUCCUAUUAAUGAGUUUGAGCCUUUCUUUGAGAGCAUGGGUUUGAAACCUGCAGAGUACUCUCCACUUCUUCCUAGGGAUCUUAUGUUUCUAAAUGAUGAUGUGAUGUUGUUAGAGAACUACCAUGUUUUGUGUAAUUUUGGUGUGGAUCGGAUGAGUAUGGGGAAGAUAUACAAGGAAGCAACAGAAGUUUUUAGAUACGAUUUCGGUGUCCUGGAGUUGAAACUUCAAGCUUUCAAAGAGAUUGGAUUGGCCUGGACUGCUAUAACCAAGCUCAUUUCUUUAAGUCCCCAUCUUCUGAUUGGCAGUAAUCAUAGGGACUGUUGUAAGGUAUUAGAAAAAAUGAAGAGCAUUGGGAUUGAAUAUGAUCGGAUUGAAAGUCAUAUAAUGGAGGGGAAUGUUUAUAAUUGGAGCCGCAUCCUUGAGCUUUUAUGCUUAUUGAGCAACAUAGGCUUCAGUGAAGAGCAAUUAGAAAAAUUCAUUUGCCAUCAUCUGGCACUUGUAUUUGAGUCUUCAGGGAGUACAACCCUUUCAUUAAUCGUGUUAGUGUUAAAAUUUGGUAUCACCAGAACUGAGAUAUGUUCUAUGUUUAUGCAAUUUCCACCGGUCCAAGUUAGAAAAUUCGUUUGCAAUUUGAGGCAAUCCUACCACUUUCUGGUCGAUAUUGACAUGGAGGUCAAAGAGAUUGGAAAGAUUGUCUGUUCACACCCUGUAUUACUGGGUUCCGUUUCUUUAAAGAAAGCAAACACCUUGCUCGAAUGCCUGAAUGCUGGGAAGAAACGCGUCUGCAACACCAUCAAGGAGAACCCAGAAAUAUUGAAGGGAUGGGGUCUUGGAUCGAAGGUCAAACCCUUGCCAAGCUUAGAUGAGGAUGCAAAGUCACGGAUGUUAAAGACUAAGUUCUUACUGGGCUUGGGAUUUGCAGAGAACUCAAAUGAAAUGAAAAGAGCUCAAAAAGUUUUCCGAGGCAAAGGAGGAGAACUUCAGGAGAGGUUUGACUGUUUUGUGAAGGCUGGUCUGACUAGGGAAGUUGUCUCAAUGAUGGUCAAACUGGCUCCACAAGUUCUUAACCAAUCGAAGGAUUUGAUCGAAACGAAAAUCGAUUACCUUGUCAAUGUCUUGGGCUAUCCCCUCUCAUCUUUGGUGGCAUAUCCAGGUUAUAUUUCCUACACAAUUGAGAGGAUUAAGCUUAGAUUGUUGAUGUAUAAUUGGCUCCGGGAUCACAGGCUGGCCAAACCUGAUAUGGCAUUGAGCACCAUUCUUGCGACGGCAGAGGCAGUGUUCGUUAAGGAUUAUGUAAAUAGGCACCCUAAAGGGCCUCGGGUUUGGGAGAAGCUGAAGAAACAGGUUUAUCCCCAAUGAUUCCUCUCUUGCCAUGUACCAUUUGUCGGGAUAAUCUCUGUAACCGAGAUGUAUCCAGCAUGAUUGGAGAACUUGGUGUUCUAACACUUUGUUGUUCUCUGUUAAAUCAUUCAAACCCUUGCGUCUUCCCUGUAUGUUUGGUAGUCAGAAAAAAAGAUAAUUAAUUGUUCAUUUGAUACGAGAUUAAGACUUGAUAUGUUAUAUUCAUUGAGUUAUAUUCUGGACUUCCAUAACUGUUACUGUUGAAAAGAAGAAGAGAAGAGAUAGGACGGAGUUUAGUAGCAACAAUAAGGUUAUUUUUUUGUGAGUAAAAAAUUGCGGAUUUGAAUUGUAAAAAUAGGAUAUGCUUGAUUACCAUAAAGGGAAGAAGAAGUUGUUUUUGUGGUUAUGGGGAUCAA